UUUCGAUGCAGCAUUUUCGACUAACUGACAUAUAAAUAUUUACUAUCAAAAUUUUUCUCACAAAGACUUUGUGUCUUUUUGGUGUUAUCUGUUAGGAGAUGGCUAGCAGUGGAUUUUCACAGAAGCACGUUCCAUUUCCAUUUGAGACCUAUCAGUUGAUUAUAUCUACAUUCCACUAAAUGAUGAUAUUCCCAUUGCAUUUGAGGAUAAAUCUGCUGGAAACAAUCAUUCACUCAGAUUUGAAAAAGCAUCCCAAGUUAAAACUACAAAAUGCUACAAGUAUUAAUCACAAUACUAAUUCACUGGUAGUACUGAAUGUAAUCAAUACUUCAAUACGAAAUGUUAAUAUGCUCAAAGGCAAAUUCCGAAUACUGAAAAGAUUAGUUGACUUUUUAACACUACUACAAUGGAAAUGA